UUUAAAAGGUACCCGCAUCUCCUUCAGUAAACCUUCGCUGUCUGACCCGGUAAUGAGUAUGUGACACUGACAGAAACAAAGCAUCAAUGCAGAGGCACAGAAAUAUGAUUGCGGCGGUCCUUCUGCUGUGUGCUGUGGAGCUGCACUCCUUUGGUGUUGUGGCAGCGCAGAAUCAGACCUGCGCACCCAGUCAAGAGGAGGCAUGUUUUGUGCCAGCUGACUAUCUGAAUGCACUUGGUCCUGUCCACGUAGAGGUGUGUGCUGGUAAGAAACUCAACAUCCCUCUGGAGCACGUCCCUGCAUACAAAGCCUGUCAUUGGAUCAGAGGAGCAGAGCCAGUACUCACAGUAAACGGGAGUAGCUCCAUGGUCCUACCACCGCUCUCUGAGACAGAUUCAGGGGAGUACACACUGAGCUGUGAAACUAACAGUGAGACCAGGUCCUCGGUGAGUGUGUCUCUUCAUGUAGCAAUGGAACGUCCCACAAAACCAAAGCUGGCGCUGGAUCGUGUGAAGGAACAAAAAAAGUCUCCUUAUUUCACAUGCAUCUCUGAGGGCUGCCCAAAGCCCAAGCUUGAAUUGUCUGGAAACAAAAAAUGGACAAAUGUUGCUACAGACAGUGACAAGGUACAGAUUACAAUAUCCAGUGUUAAUUAUCAUAAUACUGGAAUGAUGUGCUGUGCUACAAAUGCUGAAGGACAAGAAUGCUCCCAACUGUAUGACUACGACCUAAAGACAGACUCACAUGAGUUUCCUAAUGUAACCGUGAGUCCUGGUGAGUCUUUACUGCUUCGCUGCCGCAUACAAGACUACUGGCGACCGUCACCUGUGUGGGAGAAGGGCAGCGAAAGAAUGGAUGCAGAAACAUUAGCAUGCCCCUCUAAAGUGAAGGAGGAGAUCUGCAUUAAAAAUGACUCGGAUUCUGGGACUAAGAUGGCCUAUCUGUUCAUCGAAUCAGUUAGUGUGGACCACAGUGGCACAUACACCUGCAGGUCUAAAGACUACACACCUGUCAAGUCUGUCUACAUUCACGUCCAAACUGAGGAUUUCAUCUCUGUCCAGCUGGAUGAGAGCAAGAUCAUACCAGCUCAGAAUGCAACGAUUUUGGAAGCCAGUGUUUCCUACCACCCGGUGCUCCAGCACUGCUCAUGGGAAUCUCCUAAUAAUAUAAAGACCAAAUGCAUCAGGGACGACUGGGUGACAAAACACAGGACUGUGAAACUACACGGUCCACUCAUAUCAGGAGAUUAUAAAUUACACUUGCAGGCUGGAGAACAAAACCUAACAAAGAUUAUAUCAGUGUGUACUGUGGACACACCAAAGUUCAGAUUCUGGUUUACGUAUGAUACCUUCACCUUUGAGACUGCAAGUCUUGUGCCAGCAAAUUAUACCUGGAAGUCUUGUUCUUCAAUCAAUGACAGCAGUUGUGACAGAGACUCCUCCUGGACAGAGAUCCCAGAUGCCUUUCAAACAGACUCUGAUGCCGUCUGUAAUAAGACAAUCAGGAGUUCUCUGAGGAGCGAGCUAGUGGAGGGAGACCAACUCAGAUUCUGCCUGACGAACUCAAUUGGCACCUGGUGCGAAACUAAACACGCAAUAACCCGGUUACCGUCACUCCUGGCUGUCAGCGGCAGUGAUCCAAAUAAUGAUGACAGCUUGAUGGUGUUGAAAGUAAGCAGUUUGCUUCUGCUUGUGGCUUUGGCAGUAGUCUGCGUGGUGCUCACGUACUUUGUCAGAAAGAAGAGACCCAAGUAUCAGCCCCAGCUUCAGAUGAUCCAGGUGGUUGGACCCAAUGACAACGAUUACAUCUACAUUAACUUCAAGGACUUUACGUACGACCCGAAAUUGGAGUUUCCCAGGGAGAACCUGGAACUGGGUGAUGAACUGGGCUCUGGGGCUUUUGGCAUGGUGGUCCAGGCUACAGCUUACGGCAUCAACAAGCCUGGAGUCUCACAGCAGGUGGCCGUCAAGAUGCUCAAAGAAAAACACCAGGACGUGGAGAAAGAGGCUCUGAUGUCAGAGCUCAAGAUGCUGACUCACAUUGGUCACCAUGCCAACAUUGUUAACCUGCUCGGAGCAUGCACUGAGACAGGACCCAUAUACCUGAUUUUCCAGUACUGCUGUUAUGGAGAUCUACUGAACUACCUGAAGAAAAACAGAGAGCGCUACCACAAGUCUGUGACUGAUGCUUUCAACAAGGACCGUUUCAGCAGCCUUUACCACAACCUGCAGCCCAGGAAAAGCCCUAGUGUGACUGACACAGCAAUGGACACCUAUGUGACCAUGCACAGCUCUACCACCAGAGGGCAGGAGGACAUCGCCCUCCUCACCCUCAACUCUGGAGGCAUGGACAGCUUUGAAGACUCAGAUAUCUUUGAAAACCAAGAUGAUCCGACAGAGGACCUGCAAACCCUGACUUUUGAUGAUCUGCUCAACUUUGCCUACCAAGUGGCCAAGGGCAUGGAGUUCCUCUCCUCCAAGAAUUGUAUCCAUCGAGACCUGGCAGCUCGAAACGUGUUAGUGACAAAAGGCAGACUGGUGAAAAUUGGUGACUUUGGACUGGCUCGGGACAUCGAAAAUGACUCCAACUAUGUUGUGAGAGGAAAUGUGCGUUUGCCGGUGAAGUGGAUGGCACCAGAGAGUACCUUUCAGGGGAUAUACACCAUGAAGAGUGACGUCUGGGCUUAUGGCAUUCUGCUCUGGGAGAUCUUUUCACUUGGUGUUACUCCGUACCCGGGGAUGAAGGUGGAUCACACGUUCUAUUCAAUGAUUGAGAGAGGAUUUAAGAUGGAGUGUCCAUACUACGCCAACGAGACUGUGUACGGGAUGAUGUGUAAAUGUUGGGCUCUGGAUCCCUGCAACCGGCCAUCUUUCUCCAAGCAGGUGUCCUUUAUGUAUGAUCAGCUGACAGACAGAGAGGAGAUGAUCUACCACAACAUGCUUAACCAGACACCCAGUGAAUACCAGAAUGCAUCGACCAUUUUGGACAUUUCCGCCCUGGCAAAGCAGAGUGAGAGCAAGACGCAGUCGGCCAACGACUACCGUCAAACCCAUGCGACUGAAGAAAGCAAAGAGGGAAUGUCCGACCUGGACGUUGUAGCAGCUGAGGACGAGCUUCUGAAGCCAUCGGAUGCAGAGUGAUCAUCAUCACUUACAUCCAUUUGGCUGGUGGACAAAAGUUUAGUUUGCACCUUGUUUUUUCCACAUUUUAUAACAAAGUUGUUCUCGUAAUAAUAAUAAUCUUCUGUUUUACAGUAGAAUGCUCUUGCUUUAUACUCAAUUGUAAAAUAUUGUAAGCAUUUUAGACUUAAUAAACAUAUGUAGCAUUUUUUUUAUUUCAUAUAUACAUAUUUUGGGGGGGCUUUUAUUGCCUUUAAUUGAUGGUUACAGCUGAAGAGUGACAGGAAACAGCAGAGAAAGAGAGAGAGAGUGGGGGGUGAUAAGCAGCAAAGGGCCACAGGUCAGAUUCAAACCCAUGGCCACAGUAGCAAGGACUCAGCCUUUAUUCAUAGGGCGACUCACAUAGCAUUCAUUUAGUAUUACGUUUCAUAAUCUGCAACCAAACAUACAAAGGUUUUAAUUAUGUAUAUGGGAUUUCAGUAAAUUAUAUUCUCACUAUGACAAUGUGGUAGGAAUGUAAAUACAGUAUUUCUGUUUUCCUAGAGUCAUAUGUAACAUACAUAUAUUGCCAUGUAAGCUAUAGAGCUUUACCUCUUUCUACUUUAGGCCUACACACUGUAGCAACUGAUCACUAUUUUGUUUUAGAUUGUAUUAUAUCCUUUAUUAUUAUAAUGCAAAUGGAAACAACCUUUUGCCUUAAAAUAUUGUUCUGCAAUGAAAUGUAAUUGUUGUUUGUUGAUUAUAAGAGCUGAUAUUACUUACAGAUUGACUGAGCAGUUUUUGUACACAUUCAUAUGUUUUUUAAAAACAAGCUUUACUUUUAUAUUAUGAAAUAUUUUAAUGGAUCUUUUUUUUACUUUUUGUAUUAAGCAUUAUACCUGCAAUAAAAUGUACUUGACAGAAAACCUGGUGACCCCAGUAUAGGUCCGUUGUUCCCAACUGCUUUAGCUUGUGACAUAAUAAUAAUAAAGUAAAUAAUAAAGUCA